UCCAUUAUGAAACUUUUUUCUUUAACCAAACAGAAAUCGUCAGCAUGUUAGAAUAUUUCGGACUUGUGCACUUUUUUCCCGUUUGUACAGAACCAUACGUAAAAUCUAAUACUUUCGGUCGUGAAUACAUAUAAUGAGACCCCAGACGGGCUUGUCUGGACCACGUGAUCGGCGCUUGGCUUGACGAUAUUUUUUGAUUUGGAUACUCGACUUGACGUUCGAUGCGCCCCAUCCCCCACACACUAAUAACCACGUUCUGAGAUCCAUUCGAAAAGGAUACUUGGGAUGAAUCACUUUUAAUGUAAUCUUCCCUUUUCCGGGUGCUUUCUCAUUAACAUCAUUUCAAAACGGUUCCUCAGCGCAAAUCGACCCCGUAGAAACAACAAAGUCAAAACUUGCGAGCGCAAACAAAAAAAAACCGAUUGCACUCCUUUUAAAACUAUCGUUCGGUAUGUUUUAUCCCAUAAAUAUUUUUAGCAACGAGUCUUUUUUCUUCUUCUGGGAAAAAUUGUCUUUGAUCGCCCCCUCCUUUUCUCUCUCUCUCCUCCUCUUUUGUUGCGCUCGCUGAAGCUUCUCUCUCCCCCCCUCUCUCUCUCUGCCAAAUCAAGUCUGGAGCAGCAGCUGAGUAUGACAUCGUGCUUUAUUCCUUUCAACUUCCAGUGAGUUUAGAUCUGAACUCUUUUCAAAAUGUUCAUUUUUACUUGGCUUUCCAUUGAUUAGUGACAAGUCAUGCGAAGAGUAUUUUUAGGUAAUAUAAGGGAAAAACCCUUUUCAAGGGGACUGUUUGCAACGUCAAGAAUAUUUCAGGAUCCCGGCCUUUGCUGGUAAGAAGACCGCUUGUCGUGAACUCCUUCAUUUUACUUGGAUCGAGUGCAUUUCUAAGUCAAAAGAUCAGCUUCAUCCGUGAUAAAGAGAUGAUGGGACCCCGGUCAAGACGCUCGCCGCUUCUUUGGACUCGAAUUGCUCUUUGAUAACCAGUUUAAUAACUGCAGCGCUGGUCGUUUCCAUCGAAAAAAGAAAUCGCUUCUUACUUUUAAACUUUAAAAACGCAACGUGUUUGUCCACAAGAACAACAACUGGGAUCUGUGUGUGUUGAAGGGGCUGUCUCUUGCUGCGGGAUCAGCGGAACCCGAGGAUGUGGAUCAGUGGUUGUGCCUCAGUGCUGAUGCUGGGGUGAGUGGUGUCGUAAGCGCAGCCCCCCUCUAUGUCUGGAGCAAACGGAGGAUCGGAAAGAGCUUAGCUAAAAUGGUCGGAGAGUGAUGCUAUAGCGUUGACUCUAAUAGACUCGCUUCUUUUCUCUAUUUUUUUUAAAAGAAACAGUGCGUUUUUCCUGGGUAGGGAUCAGACAUUAAGGCGCACGACCUCCAGCAGACAACCAUCUCGGUGGAUACUGUGCCCAGCUCAGCUACAUGCUGACAAUUGCCCGCUCCGCCCGGUGUUUUGCCAGUUAGACUUGUGCCACAAUUAUAUGAUCUCUUAGGAAGAGAAAAUGAGUUCAGCUGGUUUACCUGAGUGGAAGGUUCAGCUUCUAGAGAAGAAGAGACGGGAGGAGGAAGAAAGUCGGAGGAAAGAGAAAGAGCAAGAGGAGCGUCUUGCACGUAUGCCUGCGUGGAAGAGAGAAAUCAUUGAAAGGAGAAAAGCGAAACUCAGCAAUGCAGGGAUAACUGGAAGCAGUGGGUCAUUUUCUGAAUGUGGGGACCAAGGAGCUGGUGAUGCUCAGAAUUCUGAAGCUACAAGAUACACAGACUUGGGCAAAGAAAUGAGUACAGUCUUGAGAGAGACCAUCGCCCCUGUACAUGAGAAUCCCUUUAUAAAACUAGAAAAAAAGACCCAGGAACGGAAGAAUAUUGUACCCCCAAAAACGGAAGAAGCAACUUCAGCUAACCCCUGCAAGGUAAAACAGAUCGCCGAUAUCUAUGGUCAACGCAUCCCUGGGAUUAGAACUAUUCGGGCUGAAAACAUUAUUAUUAUUGAAUCGGAUGAUGCCGUGCAGACACCCAGACAUGACUCCAAAGGUGAGAUGGGGAAGGGCCAUUAUGUGGAGAACCACUUAAGUGAGUUGAUAGCUGGAAGGGGCAGCGUGACAGAGAUCCAUGCAUCUGAAGUCCUCAUCAUCAAGCCAACUCUAAGCAGGAGUGUUGAAGACCUUAACUCUUUGAACAAACCAACAGCUGCUGGCCGGGGUAGGGUUAGCAAGCUCUUGAGUAAGUUUGAUGGUCAGGACACAACUCGGUGUCGACCAGUCCGGAGCAGAAGUAUAGAAAACAUAAUUAUGGAUGGAGAUGGUAAUGAACAAUCUGGACGUCGUUUCCCUGAAUUUCACUCCGCAAAGUGUAGUUUUCUUCCUUCCCAAAACUGGGAUGGCCAGAAAGUAGAAAAGCAGUCCAGUAAGAGAAGUGAACGGUCAGUAACCCCACCUCCCCUUUCCCAAUCUGGCUCUGGCACCUGUCCUACAGACAACAGCAAACGCCUUCAGCAUAAUGUUGUGGCUGGAUACAAGAGUCAGUUUGAAGCAAGAUCUUCAGUCAAGAAGCGCCAGCCUUCGCCGAAACGAUCAUUCAGUUGUCCACCUAGUGGUGAAGAAUCGAUGAAUAACCAAGCAAAACACAUACAGAAGGACAUUAAUGAGGAUAGCUUUUGCAAUACUAGAGUGACACAACCUAAAAAGUUAAGUGAGGAUUCAUCACUUCACAGUCACCAUCAUGGCUCUCUAAAUGAGGGUCAAGAAAUUAUAAAAGAGACAUCAAUAACUGGUAGCUAUGGAAAACGUCAAAAUUUGUACCUGUCAGGUUUAGCAAAUGCACACUCUCCUCCAGAUCUGAAUGAGCACGAUGAUGGCAUCAUUUACAAACAAGAUAACCUUUGUUCCCAGAUGAAAGGUGAUGGUUUUGAAAUCUUGCCUGCCAUCUGUCCUGAUCCAUCGCUUAUUCCAGAAAGUGAUGUUCAGGCUCGAGCACUGGCCAACCUGAGAGCUCAGUCACGUUAUACUUUUGUGGUAGUUCCAAAACGGCAGCAGCAGCAAACUCCCCUUCUAAAGGUAUCUAAGGACAAUGGAGAAAGUAUUAAUUCAAAUGAAGAGGGAAAGGAAGUUGCAAUCAGCUAUGAGCCACCGGUUUCACGAGAAUAUUUGCACGAGACGGAUGGUGGACUGAAGCUUGCCAUUCAGGAUCAGCCUAAGAAAGACCUCCUGUCUUGUAUGACGUUGCACCAGCAGGAAGAGAAUGAAGUUUGUACAGAAAAGGAAGUAGGCGUCCCCUGCACUCACUUCUCAGCCAAGCUGUUGCAAACGCAGGGUUUGGCUUCCUCUUCCUUGCAAUCUACAGCUGAGCCUCUGUCUCACUUUGCACAGGAAGAAGUACAGACUGCAGCAGACCCUGGUGCUGCUGAGAAGCUUGCAAGUACUACAGAGCCGGUUCUGCCAUGUCAGGGUGAUGGGGAGGCAGUGAAGUCAGGCCUACAACCCAGCUGUGAAGGAGAGGAAGACCAGAGUAGAGGAGCAAGUAUGAGCCGCAUAUACAACCUCAAGCCAGUCAUGGCUCGGGAUAACAGUGCACCAGCAGCCACCUCCACAGCUGUUAAGGAGGAUGUUAGGGCCACAUCCUUUCCCGUGAGGAACAUUUUGAACAAAACAGCCUUGAGUAACAGGACAGAACGAAAUGUGGCUCAGGUGUCGCCUGUCUCUGUACAGGAGAACCAGAGUUUAGAAAGCAGUGGACCUGCUUCUGGCAGAAGCUUAGGCAAGGGGCAUGUACGCACUGGGGCAGCCACAAUAGAAACAACCCCACUUCAGGAUACCGUCUUCAAACCUACACUUUUAGGAAGACCCGGCAUGCAGAAGAAAGGCAAUACUAUAACUAUCAAUCCUCGCAAAAUGACCAGUAACUCCACCAAUGGGAAUCCUGACACUGCUACAAGCAGUAACACGACCUCCUUAGAAAAUGGGGCAUCAGACAGUGCAGUGGACAAGAAUGAUGUCUCAAAGUUGAAGAAGAGAUACCCUACUGCUGAAGAAAUUGAAGUCAUUGGAGGAUAUCUGUCCCUGGAAAAGUCCUGUUUGGCCAAAAAGGACACCUGCAAGAAAAAAACGAUGCGCUUUGAUGAGGAUCAUCUGGAGACCACAUUUGAAUAUCCCUCUGAGAGCUUCUUACUGGCAGAACUGGGACUGGAUGACAAGGAGGUGAUACCUCCGCCACCAGCUCGAACUCCCGCAGUGAAUGAUGAUGAUGAAGAAGAAGAAGCUACUUUGUUCACUCAUAGAGGAGCCCCAGGAUCCACUAGUCGUGGUAAACCACUCAUUGUUGAUGAGUCUUGCAGACGAUAACACAAGAAUGGAUCUUUUUCUCUAUUACUAUCAAAAAAAUCAUCAAGCCUUGCAUUUCAUUAAACAAAAUAAUCAAGUGGAGACAAAGGAAAACAGAGAGAAAGCCUGAGUGGCUUUAGUCAUGGAACAGGAGUGGCAGAACUGAGCGUAUGCAGACCAAUGCCACAUGUCCUUCCUGAGAUCUUCUAUCUUCUCAGUCUUCCAAAGGUCUUGUUACUGUACCAGUGAAUGUUCCUGCAGAUGGCUAACUCUCAGAAGUUACCUUGAUGGUGUCUGUCAUUAGUGUUGCAUUUUUGCUUCCAGCAAAUACACAAUAUCUGUUACAACUGGAAGGCAGUUUAGGUCAUACUAACAUGUAUGUUUGAGUUAUGCAUAUACGUUACCCUUUUAUGUUCAUCGGCUGAGACGUCAAUUUAUUAAUCACUCAGAAUCUGGAUUAAUUUGCAGGUCCACAAACACCUGUGUGAAGACAAAGAUGUUUCAUCCUGUACUCUGAUUGGUUAAUAAGCUGCUGUAAGUACGAUAUAAUUGAAUGUGUAUGUUGCAGACAUUUUUUACCGAAACGACAUUACAUAGAGAUGUGAUCACUCUUGCUUAAUUUGAUUUUUCUCUGCUUGGAAUGGACUGUUCUCUUACACCUCAGCACGAUUUAUCAUUGCCCCUUUUAUAUGUGGUUCAAGAUUUUCCCAAACUGUAUAAACAACAAGUCUCGGAGUGGGGGCAUUUUUUAAGUUUCUGUGUUUGCACAAAUUUGCGUGUGAUUUUUGCUCUCUCUCUCUUUCAUUCCUUCUCCGUUUACAUUGAUGAGUUUUCAUUUUUCCAGUUUGCCUUGGAAACAUUCAGAUGCUGGGCUGGCACCACAGCACUUCAAAUGAGUACCAGAAUUUGUUUUUCUUUCUUUCGUUUUACUUUUUUUCUUAUUAACUGUCAGCAGUAACUGCUGCCAGUCCAUGUGGGUCUUUCUUAGAUGUUACGUGUUUUUUUAGGAUUUUGUCUGUUUUUUCCAUUGCGAGAACUGUUACGCUUCCAAAGAAGGUCACACAAACUAGCUGUCAAUUUCCAAAAUAUUACUUUGUUAUCUUGCUGUUGCACAAAUUGAAAAUGAAGUCAACAUUGAUUGUAAUUUAAUUUUGUCAUUAAAUUGAAGAGACAAGCCCAAAUUGAGGUAGGGAGGAGGUUAUGAUAAAGAAGUUGGCCUGGUUACGUUAUAAUAGAAUAAUCAUAAAAACAUUUGGGUGUCGGGAAGAGACAGUCUUGGGACACAAAGUAUUGGUUACUUUAUACCAGGCUGUUAAGAGCAAGUGAAAAAAACUGGGCCAGGGUAUUUUGAAUGUGAUGUGCUUGUGCGCCAUUCUGUACUGUUAGCUCCUCCUUGUGAGGCUUUGUUUUAAUGCAGCUGAAGGAAACACAUUUUUGUCAAAAUGUGGCUGCGUGUAAGCCGGGUAUUGAUUGGCGCUGCAGUCAGUCCGUAAAGCAGUCAGAAUCAGUACUUGUUUAUUUAAGCCGACUUGAAUAGAAUGCAGGGAAUCGAGGAAGAAGCCCCUGCGAAGUUUUGCAUGUCAUCUUCGUGUUUCGUUUAGCUAUUGUAUGCUGUUGCAUUUAAAGCACUCAUCUGAAAAAGGACAUGAAAGGCCUACAAGGUUAAGGUGUAGUGAAGGAUUUCAGCCAUGGUAACUGUAUUGAGAGAACUUGGAAGUUUUCAAUAUUUAUUAGGUUUAUGCCAUAUAGACUAUAAAGAAUUAAUAAAGGAAGCAUUCCGUAAAUUUCAGGCAUUAGCACUUGUUUUUAUCUAAUUUAAAAAAGCCUACAUUUUGUGUGAAAAAGUACCCAUUAUAAUAAUUUUUAUUCCUUUUUUUCUUUGGGGGAUGCUAUCAUUCAGUGCAUGUAUUACACGGCAAGUAUUCUGUAAGUAACCUUUCAUGUCUAAAAAUUUAGAGAAAUGUUUUGUCAGUGCAAUUUCCUGGAAUACGCAAUCUUUAUUUUUAGACGAUUAGCAAUAUAAUUUAAGAGGAGAAAUCUGCUGAAUCCUUGUGGGAUUGUUUCACACAAAUACCUGCACUGUUUGUGGCACUUAACGGGGCUGCAUUGCCAGCAUUUCAGGUUUUACAAAAAAUAAAUAAAUGAGAAAGCAAUUAGGAGCACAGAAUGUCUGUGUGGAGUCACGUCUUCUGUGGUACUGUACCGCCUUCUGCUGGUUGACUGUGGUAUUGUCUGAUUUCUUUCUACCUGGACUUCAUUUCUUCCUUGAGUGGCAGUAACAGAAAAUGCAGUUUCUGAAAGAAAUUAAAAUAUUUCUUUUUGAAUCUUUGGUUGCUUUUAUUUUCAUAUAAAAAUGUAUUUUUUGACAGUAUAAUUCCAUUGACUUUAAACUAUUCAAUACUUCAUUGUGUUUAUUAAAUUCAAAAUAAACAGUCAACAAAAUUAAAUGACAGUUCGUUUUUAAAAAAGAAAAACUUUUGUAAGCCUGUUUGCUAAUAUUAAUCUGUUAAACAUGCAUGUGAUUAAAGAAGAAUUUCGCUUGUGUUACUUUGUUUAUGAAUGAAUGCCGACAUAUAAAAAAUGAAUGUCAAUAAAUUGUUUUGUUUAAA